GCCCCCAGUGCGGUCGCCGCGCUCUCGCCCAGCCAUGCUCCUGCUGCUGGGGCUGUGCUUGGGGAUGCCCCUCUGCGCGGGGCUGCAGGAAGAGGCGCGGAGAUGGGGUGACACUUCGGAGCAAGUUGGACUCAGGAUCCCCAGGCAAGUGAGGCUGUUGCAAAGGCUGAAAACCAAGCCCUUGAUGACAGAAUUCUCGGUGAAGUCUACCAUUAUUUCUCGGUAUGCCUUCACUACGGUUUCCUGCAAAAUGCUGAACAGAGCUUCUGAGGACCAGGAAACGGAGUUUCAGAUGCAGAUUCCAGCUGCGGCUUUCAUCACUAACUUCACCAUGCUUAUUGGAGACAAGGUAUAUCAGGGUGAAAUUGCUGAGCGAGAAAAGAAGAAUGGUGACAGGGUAAAAGAGAAAAGGAAUAAAACCAUGGAAGAUAGUGGGGAGGAGGGGACAGAAACAUUCCGAGCUGCUCUAGUGCUUCCCAGCAAGGACAAAGCCUCCUUCCUCCUAAGUUAUGAAGAGCUGCUGCAGAGACGGCUGGGGAAGUACGAGCACGUCAUCAGCGUGCGCCCCCAGCAGCUGGUGGGGAGGCUGACCCUGGACGUGACUCUGCUGGAGCGGUCGGGCAUCGCGUCGCUGGAGGUGCUGCCGCUUCGCAACAGCCGGCAGAAGGGCAGUGGGCGGGCAGAAGAGGAUUCUGGGCCUCCUCCUUCCACUAUUAUCAACCAAAAUGAAACGUUUGCUAAAGUUGUUUUUAAGCCUAGUGUGGUGCAGCAAGCCAGGAUUGCCCAGAAUGGAAUUUUGGGAGAUUUCGUCAUUCGAUAUGAUGUCAACAGGGAACAGAGCAUUGGGGACAUCCAGGUUCUAAAUGGAUAUUUUGUGCAUUACUUUGCUCCUAAAGACCUUCCUCCAUUGCCCAAGAAUGUGGUGUUUGUGCUCGACAGCAGUGCCUCUAUGGUCGGAGCCAAACUCCGGCAGACCAAGGAUGCCCUCUUCACUAUUCUCCAUGACCUCCGACCCCAAGACCGUUUCAAUAUCAUUGGAUUUUCCAACCGAAUCAAAGUGUGGAAGGACAACUUGAUUUCAGUCACUCCUAACAGUAUCAGGGACGGCAAAAUCUACAUUCACCAUAUGUCGCCCACUGGAGGCACAGACAUCAGUGGGGCCCUCCAGACAGCCAUCAGGCUGCUCAACAACUACGUGGCUCACAACGACAUUGAAGACCGGAGCGUGUCCCUCAUCGUCUUCCUAACAGAUGGGAAACCCACUGUCGGGGAGACCCACACCCUCAAGAUUCUCAAUAACACUAAGGAGGCUGCCCAGGGUCGGGUCUGCAUCUUCACCAUCGGCAUUGGGAACGACGUGGACUUCAAACUGCUGGAGAAGCUGUCGCUGGAGAACUGUGGCCUCACACGGCGCGUUCACGAGGAGGACAAUGCAGGCGCACAGCUCAUCGGGUUCUACGACGAGAUCAGGACCCCUCUCCUUUCUGACAUCCGCAUGGAUUAUCCCCCUGGCCUGGUGGAGCAGGCCACCAAAACUCUGUUUCCCAACUACUUCAAUGGCUCAGAGAUCAUCAUUGCUGGGAAGCUGGCAGACAAGAAGUUGGAUCAAUUGCAUGUGGAGGUCACGGCCAGCAACAGUAAGAAAUUCGUCAUCCUGACGAAGGACGUGCCCGUGGGGCCCCGGAAGGUGGGGAGCGACGUCCCAGGAAGCACCAGGCCUCCAGGGGAUGGUGAAGGGGGGUCCAAUCACAUUGAGCGUCUCUGGAGCUAUCUCACCGUGAAGGAGCUGCAGAGUUCCUGGCUGCAGAGUGAUGAUGAGCAGGAGAAAGAGCGACUGAGGCAGAGGGCCCAGGCCCUGGCACUGAGCUAUCACUUCCUCACCCCUUUCACCUCCAUGAAGCUGAGGAAGUCAGCAGUUCACGUGGAUGGCCUAGAGGACACUCAUGGCAUGUCGGCGGCCAUGGGACCCGAAACGGUGAUGCAGAGCUUGCGAGGAGCUGGCGCACAGUCAGGAGCUACAGUCAAGAAACCGUUUGACCCAAGAAUUAAAAUCUCGAAAACAUCAGUGGACGGGGAUCCUCACUUCGUGGUGGAUUUCCCCUUGAGCAAGCUCACAGUGUGCUUUAACAUUGACGGAGAGCCCGGGGACAUCCUCCGGCUAGUCUCUGACCACAUGGAUUCCGGUGUGACAGUGAAUGGAGAACUAAUCGGGGCCCCCGCUCCUCCCAACGGUCACAAGAAACAGCGCACUUACUUCCGCACCAUCACUAUCCUCAUCAAUAAGCCGGAGAGGUCUUAUCUAGAGAUCACACCAAACAGAGUCAUCCUGGAUGGUGGGGACAGGCUGGUCCUCCCCUGCAACCAGAGCGUGGUGGUGGGGAGUCGGGGGUUGGAGGUGUCGGUGUCUGCCAAUGCCAAUGUCACCGUCACCAUCCAGGGCACCAUUGCCUUCGUCAUCCUCAUCCACCUCUACAAAAAACCUGCACCUUUCCAGCGAAACCACCUGGGCUUCUACAUCUCCAACAGCAAAGGCCUUUCCAGCAACUGCCAUGGACUGUUAGGUCAGUUCCUGAACCAAGAUGCCAAACUCAUAGAGGAUCCUGCAGGGCUCAGCAAGAAUCUUACACAUCCUCCACUCCCUCAGGCAGAAGGAAGAUCUGAGACCAUUCUAAAGGUGAAAGGGCAUCGAGUCCCUGUGGUCUGGAAACAAAGGAAGAUCUACAAUGGCGAAGAGCAGAUAGACUGCUGGUUUGCCAGGAACAAUGCAGCCAAACUGAUUGAUGGCGAGUAUAAAGAUUACCUGGCAUCUCACCCGUUCGACACAGAGACAGCACUGGGAACAUCUAGGGGACUCUGAAACUGGCAGCCUUAACGAUGAGUGUGCACAACAGCGAGGUGAUUUUAGGAGACCCCAUGGUAGAGCGCUUCUUGUCUCUCGCGCAUGUCUGGUCUCUUGGAAAUGAGCUUACCCUGAUGGAGUAUAGGUAUGACGUCUGCUUGAAUGAAAUACAGGGGCAGGAAGCUUGAGUGAAACUAUUAUUUCUUUCCGCUUUCCCUUCCUGCUUCUCCACCCCUCAUUCCCCCAUUUACAGUAGAGAAAUGUGUUAGCACAAAAGAGAAAAGGGUCACGGUUAAAAGCAAAAAAGUCUAUCUCUUGUAUCCGUUGGCUUAUGCAUCUUGUAGCCUGCCAUGAAAUAAGCUUUCCUGAUGAAGGAAGAUUGCCGCAUAGCUUGUUUUCUCUGUGGAAAUGGCCAAAUUCGGGUGAUCCGCUUUUUGCCUCAUGUUCAGGCUUAGGAAUCUCCUUUUGGUGUUCUCUAGAUGUGCAGCCAACCUCUGUCUCGAAGGACUCUCCCAUGGAGCCCACACCACCGGUCAUGAAAACAUCAAAUAAAUGUGAUCCCUGUAAAUCAUUAAGCUUUUCUUAGGACAUGGUUUUCUUCGGCUAUGAUAUCUUGCUCUCAGAAGUUAGUUUUCCUCUUGUAAAAAAAAAAAAAAAAGGGGGGGGGGAUUGAAAUUAAAAAGUCUGCAUCCCAGAUACCGAUCUCUGUAAACCACUUCACUUGCCAGCGGCUUUUCUUCAGUUUAUUCCAAUAAGUGAAGUGUUUUUAAUAAACAGGACAACUCCAUGUAGAUGUUUUUUAACUGGCUUGUCUGGUGCUAGAGAGUUGGCCAGCGGAAUGACAAAGCCUUUUACUUGGAGUUCUUCAGCCUUUGUCAUAAUUCCCGGAGGCUUUUUUGCUUGUAGCCCUCCAGGCGAUGAUAAAUUAUGUGUGUGUGUGGUACUGGGGUGGUGGAGAGAACACAGAGGGAGCCCAUCAGCCUGCUUGCGGGAAGCAUCAACUUGCUGCUUCUCAGCAGGAAGAGGGUAUAUGCUUAGAAAUCUACAAAGACUUCACCUGUUUCCCACAGACAAAAGCCUGGCAAUCAGCAUGAACAAGAGGCUUUGGUUCUAGAACAUGGACAAAAGCAUCCCCUAAAGAAAGGAUUGCAGUCAGGGCUGCCACUGUGGCGCAGUGGGUUAAAGCCUUGGACUGCAGCGCCAGCAUCCCAUAUGGUCACCGGUUCGAGUCCUGGCUGCUCCACUUCUGAACCAACUCUCUGCUAUGGCCUGGGAAAGCAGUGGAAGAUGGCCUAAGUCUUUGGGCCUUUGCACCUGCUUGGGAGACCUGGAAGAAGCUCCUGGCUCCUGGCUUUGGAUCAUCUCAGCUCCAGCCAUUGCAGUCAUUUGGGGAAUGAACCAGCAGAUGAAAGACCUCUCUCUCUCUCUCUGUCUCUAAGACUCCUCUGCACCUGUCUUUCAAAUAAAUAAAAUAAAUCUUAAAAAAAAAAAGAUUGCAAUUGAAAGGGCUUCCAAAGCCAAUGAGUGUCACCCUCCCCUUUCUGAACACCCCCUGGAAAGCCUUGUCAAAGAGAAGUGAGGCUAGGGAGGGCCCUACAGCCCCGCUCCUUACUCACAAAGUUCUCACUCUUUGAUCUUCUUGGUCUUCUCAGGGCCACUUGGCGUGAAGAGUAUAAUCAGGAAGCAGAUGGAUGUGGGGAUGGGAACCCUUGAGCCAAACAGCAGGGAAAGAACAGUUGUGGUCAGGGAAAUAGAAUAAUUUGAUGUGAGCCAGAAUGGAAGAUUCUGAUGUUGGCCUCACAGGAGGUGAUGAUGCCGGAGGAGCCUGUGCAUGAAAUGUGAAGGCAUGCUUAGCACUUGGAGAGAAAUCUGAGUCAAGACAUUGUUGAGUGUACUUCCCUCCCUGAGGGAAACGUUUGAGUAGCAAAUGACAUCCACGUAUCAGACUCAGUGGCUUCAGGAGUGAGUGCUGGUGACCCUACAAUCCCAUUUUAGAGUCUUGGUCUCUUCCCCACUCCCUGAAGCCACCAGACCAUGGUCUGUUAGCUGUGCUAUUUGACUCGCAUCUUCCUAAAUUGCCUGUUUUCAUGCCAGAGACGCAAAGAUGACCAACCCAAACUGCUGACAUGUACUUCCAUAUGUUAGGGCCUAGAGAAAGAGGAGGAAUGUGAGAGAGGGCCAGCCAGGGCCUGGUCAGGCUACAGAGGACCUUCCUAUUAUAUAAAUCCCAGCUGGCACGCAGCCCAUGAGCCAAGAGGCCUGGGACACUGUGUUGCACUUGGAGCAAGGAUCUGUUGUUGCAGGUGCAACCCCCAACAUUGCAGCCAGGGGGCUGUUACUAGGCAAGACCUACUGCUUCUGCUGUUGCCUUAUUUAGAAGCAGAAAAAAUACCCCAAUGAGAUACCCAUCAGUACUCUUACCCAGAAAAAAAUAAAGUGUCAAAGUUGAGCUUGUAUUUUUAAAAAUUAUUUUUUACUUUGAACAAAUGCCACUUUUCUUUCUCUUCCUCUUUUGUUGUAGCUUCUCUCUCUCUCUCUCUCUCUCUCUCUCUCUCUCUCUCUCUGCAAAAGGUAUUAACUAUUGACUUUUCUGUUUUAGCUGAAUAUUGGGAUUUGUGAGCCUGAAAUCCCACACCAAUGUUAUACUUAGGAACUUUUCAUCUAAUUGAAAAAUGUUGCAUUAUCUAUUGACCAUGUGUGUUGUGAACAGCAAGGACUUUAAAUGCAGACGGAAGGAGAGCUUCACUUCCCAGAUGGGGAAACUGAGGCAGAGUGCACUUGAGUGAUUUCCACUCAUGUCAUCUAAGAGGCAGAGCAGGACUAAUCUCCAGAAUCCAUUUUGUGAGUUGUGACUCUAUGUCACCAUCUGCUCCACCAUUUCUCAUCCUUGAGCAUUGAUAAGUAAGGAAGGAAGGUUUCAAAGCGAGUAACUGAGUGACAUUGAGAAAAAUGUUGCAGUUAGAGGAGAGAAAUGAUAAACCUCAUUGUUAUCAUAAUAGCUAAUGUUAGUGAAUCAUAACAAUUGACCCACUGGUUCCUAGAGGGAGUCCACAUCUCUGGGGUCCAGUCCUCUUGCUCAUUGGAGAAGGAAAGGCAUCGGAAUGGGUUAUCUUCAUGGUCUUCUCUAAAGUUCUGUAUUCCCCACCAUGCAGUGGACAGAACAUUCUCUACUCAUCCAUGCUAGAUGCUUUGCCUCCCUUCAUUUGACCUCCUGAUGAUUUUGAUUUGGCACAUUUGAGAGGAUGAACAACUGCUCUCCGUGACAGCCAGGCAGCCUUCGCGAGGAUGUGAACUGGAAAGAGAGACUCUUGGCUCCUAAGAGGGGUACCAUUUAAUAUUGAAUUGAAUCGGGUAUCUUUCUAGGUGGAUUAGGAACAGGAGUUAGUAUUUUAAAUACACCUCUUGGCUUAAACUGAAUGAUGUAGAUUGAAUGUGCUCUGCCCUAAUUCAUAGGGUGAAGCCGAAAUCCCCAAUGCAUUGCUACUUAAAGGGAGAACUUUGAGUGCUUAGGUCAGGAGGGCUCUGCUCUCAUAAAUGGGGUUAGUGUCCCUCUAAGAGGUGACGUGAGAGAGAUGAUCUCUCUCCUCUUGGCAUGUGGGAGGACAAUGAGAUGACCAGUUGCAAAGCAGGAGGAGAGUCCUCACUGGACACCAAAUCUGUUGGUGCCUUGACCUUGAGCUUCUCAGCUUCCAGAACCGUGAUCAAUAAAUUUCUGUUGCUUAAGUCGCAGCCGCCUGAGCUAAUGACACCGAAUCCUUUAAAGUUAUAUUUUUCCUCUUGCUUCAAGCUACCCAGAAAGUAAACAAACAAUGUUGUUAUUGCAAUUUGAAGAACUCUUGGAACUACAAGAACAUGAUCCAGCUAAAAUUAAACAACAAAAAUAGCGCAGUGAGGCAAAUACUUAGACAUGUAACUUUAAAUAUCUAUUUAGUCAUUUUAAAGUAAUAGAUAUAAGACAUUUCAUAUUCAAGAUAAUUUUCCACAAAAAUUUGUGAGAGAAUGGUUGCCUAAAAACAAACAUGUUGGUAUUUUAUGGGGGAAUCAGGGCUUUUGAGAAUAAGAAGUGGUGAUUCUAACUGUGCUGUUCAUUUGUAGGAAUUUCUGAAUUACAUAAAUGGUCUGUAAAUGGAUUAGUAGUAUUGGAUGAAUAAUGCUAAAAUAACAGAUAUUGUAGAAAACAACCAAAUACAGCACCCAUUCCUGUGCUCUCACAGAAGUAGCAAGGACAUGGGAAUAUUUUAAACCUCUGGUCCAUUACUGUCUGUGCACUCUGGCAUCCCACACUUUUAUUACCUGUUUAUUGGGUCACUCACUUGUACACCUCUUGCCCAUGGUGUGGCUUGGUGCUUCCUCCAUUGCUCUGAGGGUCAGUUUCUCUCCAUGGGUAUUAUUGCCAGCUUGUGGUUCAGGCAUUCCUACCUCCAGUUCUAUGUGGUCCUGCCAGAUCUUGUCUAGAUUCCAAUGGAAUUUUAUGAAAUUGGAACCAAAACAGACACGGAACACACAGGAGACAUCACUGGUCGGCUGUGUUGCAGAGAGCAAGCAAGUAAGUGAUGUCAAGGACUUCAAAUCAACCUGUCAUACAAUGAAAAGGCUAGAGCAGAGAACUUCUGUAAUCCUAUGAUCUUUGUCUUCUGCCUUCAGCUGAAGGUACUGCCUGAACACCCCAGUAAUAAAUGUUAAAUAAAUAUUAUUCAGUCAGUGACUGCCAUGCAAUAUGAGUGCGAGGCUCAGGGACUCAGAGAACAGUUCAUGUUGCCACAGAGUUCAGUUUAGAACAGGCCCUAGAAGGAAUGCACGGGUUAAAUGAGAGUGUGAUAGAUACUGUAGGAGAACUUGGCAGAGGGCUGCCAUCUGAGCACAGAGGAGGGGCAGCUAUGAAGGUAGGAAGGAGGUCAGGAGGCCAUUCCAAAGUUGGGGAGUUGAGUUAAGCUGCAAGGAAGAAGCGAAUAUAUAGAAGCAUCCACAUAAGACAUGUUUUCUAUCACGUUAGGCAACUAGGAACAGCUUCCACACUAGAACCUUCCUUACUCCAGUCUGUUUCUUUCUUUUUUAAAGGAUUUAUUUAUUUGAAAGGCAGAGUUACACACAGAGAGAGGAGAGAGAGAAAGAGAGAGGAGAGAGAGAGAGAGAGAGAGAGAGAGAGAGAUCUUCCAUCUGCUAGUUCACUUCCCAAAUGGCCACAAUGAUCAGGCUGGGCCAGGCUCUCCCAUGUGGGUGCAGGGGCCCAAGCACUUGGGCCAUCCUCUGCUGCUUCUCCAAGAGCAUUAGCAGGAAACUGGACUGGAAGCAGAGCAGCAGGACUCAAAAUGGCACCCAUAUGGGAUGCUGUCACCAGAGGCAGCGGCUUAACCCGUUGCUCCGCAGUGUGGGCAGGGGAUGGUGGCGGGGAGGAGGUCCAGUUAGUUUCAAACACAGCACUGUAGAGUCCAUGGUGUCUGACAUCCCACAACAGAGAAUGUUUGGCGCUGUCCCAGCUUCCUCCCUCCCUUGACCUGCUCAGGUUGGUAUCUAGCUUGCAUCUCCAUUGUUUCUUGCCUUCGUUUGUACUUAUGAAUCACAGAGAAUGCCUAGAGAAAAGUCAUAAGACUUGACCAUUCAGUGAGCAAUGCUCCUGAUGGCACUCGGCAAAACUCCAAUCAUCUAUUUUUCCUCAAGUGCUUUGGCCUCCAAGGCUACUCCCUUCUGCUUUGGCUGGCUAGGACACCAAGCCCCACAGCUUUCCAGUAACCCUGCUUCUAUUUUGCUGAGAAAACUGAGGGAUGAGCUUCCUCACUUACUCUUUCUCAUUCCUUCACAUGGCUCCAUCAUCUUGGCAACCUCUUCUUCCCAAGUGUAACUGUUGACCCCUGUAUGGAUCCCACAGCCGCUCACCUCCUCUGUGUGGCUGCCUCCAUUACUUCCUCCAGACUUUGUUCCCUACUAGAUACUUCUGAAUUUCAAAUCCUAGUCCAACAGUUUUCUCUAGUUUGACAACCAGUUUCCCUUGAUUGGGCUCCCUUGCAGUUUUAAUCUUCUCUUAUUUUGGUGUCGGAUUGGCUGCAGUGGUUGAUAUUUGAGUCAUCGUUUUUUCCACCUUCCAGUCACUAGCUGAAGCCAUCAGAUUUAGCGUCUGUCUUCACGGGGACCGUACCUUGGAGAGAUCACCAUUCCCCAUGCCCAUUUCUAGUGACCAGUGUUUCUCCAGCCUCUACUCCAUGUUUGUGGUGGCCAUUCCCUAGUUUUUGAAAUGCUGGAUCCCUUUGCAUUUUUUUUUAAAUGUGAUUCUUUUUACAUCUUUUCUAGUCAUUUAGAUGAACUUCUUUCAUCCUAAGCAACCUGUGGCCAUACCCUAAGAUUGCUUCUUUGUCUUCUCUACACUCUCCUUUGGUGCUUUUACUUCAUGGUUUCUGCACCUGCCUCUUCAUACAUAGAUGGUUCUUGAAUAUAGUCUACAGUGUGGACUCCUCUACAGAAGUUGCUUCCUCUUAGUUAUUCUGGCAUCAUCUCAAAACUCAGGAAUUAAAGCCAAUUCUCCAUCUUCAAAGUGUGUAUAUUUAUAGGUUUGUAAGGUUGUAGCUCUGGGCAGAAAGGAGAGAGAGUUCCAGCACCAUCUUUUCUAUUUGGAUAUUGCAAAUAAAGGUGGGAGUAUAUAAUUGUGUACUUGGUAAAUUUCAUAGGAAGCCAAUACUUCGAUUAAUUUUUAUUGACAGUAUUCUUCCUGAAAACUAUCUGUUAAUUAUAUUAUUUUCUCCAAACAACAGCUGUGUUUGUGCAAGAUGAGACCCAAUGUUCUUAUGGCUCCCUGGGAAUUUUUGGUUAUAUAAGUUGAAAAUCACAUGUACUAAGUUUAUUGACAUGCCCAUUAACUACAAGUCUAAAAUUCAUUGUAAAUACAUUUUAGUAUGCUUUUUAAAUAAAUUUUAUUUGAAAUGUGUACAUACAUAUUUAAAAUACAAUACUCCAGAUAUCUGAGUGUGGGUGAAGGCAUGAAUGGUAACCAUGCACCUGUUUAUCCUGUUAAAUUUCCAACUAGACGUCUGUCUCACAUGUCUAGGAUCCUCUAGCCGUGAACAUGAACAUUAACAUAAGCUGUAUACAUGUUAAAAAAUAAAAGAUUACCCAGUGUUGCAGUCUAGUUUCUGUUCUGAAGGACCAUAUGGAAAG